UUUAUAGAUUUCGAUUUCUAGGGUUUCAGUUUUGAUUUCUAUGGUUCAGAGAUUUGAUUUAUAGGAUUUAGAGAUUUUGAUUUAAGUUUAUCGAAUCCUAAGGUUCCAUUUAAGUUUUUCGUUUUUAGGGUUUAAUGUUUGAUUUCAGUUUAGUUUCAUUUGUGAAUCUGUUUUUGUACGAUUGUAGUUUUUCAAUUUCUUCUUUCACUUUCAGUUUUACAACGUUGAAAUAUAAGCAAAGGACGAUUGAUAUUGGGUAUUUGGUGUCUGUAUUAUUGUUCUUUCAGCUCUAAAACCAACAGCCCUGGCAGAUUGAGAUUUAAUUGUCAUUUGGAUCCAAGUAUUGAUGUUGGGUAUUUGGUUUCUGUAUUAAUGUUCUUGGUUACAGGCUACAAGCUGAUUUUUUCAGUAUAGGUGUAUUAGUAGCAAAUGAAUUUUUGCUAUAAUUGAUGUUAAAUUCACGCAGCCAAUUGGGCAUUGAGAAAUUACAGUUCCUUUCGUCAUUUCCUCAUUGCAUAACAGAGUGAUAAUGCUCAAUAUAGUUUUUGAAUCAUUAAUGUUGGUACUGGGUGUGUCGAGAUAGCAGGACAUGGUGUAGUGCUGUAGCGUGUAGUACUCUCUUCUUCCUCUUUUGAUUGUUGUAUGAGUUAUUAAUACUUCGAUCUAGUCUAAAGGCGUAGAUGGAAUUCCCGGGGAGUUAUUAUUGAUGAGAAGGGAAAGUUAGGACCUAGGUACAGCACCUACACUAUGAUGAAUGUGAAGCUCUUAGGAUGUUAUUUGGAUGUGAAUCUGAUGCUGUUUUGUGCUUACAGUGACUAUGGUUUGCUGAUGGUUAGCAGAUUGGUUUUGCAUAUUCUUGCGCUUGAACUUUGAGCAUGCUUUACUUGACAUGGUGUUUGAUUUCAUUCCUGACUCGCUAGAGUUUUAUGUGACUUUUGGUCUCAAUUCUUCUUCGUUUUACCUGUUUGUGAGGUCAGUACAAAAGAAAAGACUGGUUGCAGAGGACGAUGAAGUUGCCGUUUCUCCCCCCUCCAGUGCAACUACAACUAAAACUGCUCCAAUUUCUGAACAAACCGUCACCGAGCUUGUGAAGCCCAUUGCACACCUAGUGAAGCCGGAGACUCCCAUCCCCCCUGAACAGCAGCUUGGGCUCUACAAAUGGAUUUUGGAAGAGAAGAGAAAAGUCAAACCCAUAAGUGCAGAAGAGAAGAAAAAGCUUGAUGAAGAGAAAGCAAUACUCGAAGCGUUCAUUCAGUCAAAAUCCGUUCCAAGCAUUUAAAGAUUGAAAUUGGAUAGAUCUUGUUCCACUAACUCGGAGAUUACUUCAUUUUAAAAUUGCCAUUUUCAUUUUAAAAUCAUUCACUGACUUUUUUCACUUGUUAGUUUUUUCUUCGUUUCAGUUCUCUUUGUUUCUUUUGUUUUCAGAUGCCAGGAACAAUUCAAGUUUCAGAUACUGCUAGUGCAACUGAUUUUCAUUUUACUUUGCAUUCUUAACAGAUUUCUAAGAAGGAUGCAACUCAUUAAGUUCUUUUUUAAUGAGUUUUGUUCUGUUCUCUGUACAGAAUUACGCAAAAGAAGCCAAACAUACAACUAUUGGCAAAGCUUCUCACAGGCUCUCUAGAGGAAUUCGCGACAAGGUACUUGUUGGGGUGAGGAGGGGUUCAGUAUGCAAGCAGAUAAUGGUAAGAACUUUCUGAUAGGGCAUUUCCAACGACUUCUCUUUUCUGCUUUUGGCUGUGUAUGUUUUACUCAUGAUCUGUGAUUCAUAGUUUAUCACUUUCCCUAUCGAUAGCACAGAUAAGUAAAUAUAUUAUUCUAAUUAUUGAAUGUGGCUUUGAUGCUGUUGUUGUAGUGAUUCAUAGUUUAUCACUUUCUCUAUCGAUAGCACAGAUAAGUAAAUAUAUUAUUUUAAUUAUUGAAUGUGGCUUUGAUGCUGUUGUUGUACGUUCCUUGGUCAUUUUUUGAGCUUCUUUUUACUUGCAGGACAAAGAUCAAGAAACUAAGCAAUUUCUCCCGUGGAAGUGUUCCAUUUAGUUAAGGUCACCAUCCCUUAUACGAGGAUGUAUUGUUGACAUUAUAUGUAAAAGGUGUGUGGGUGGGUAGGUAGGUAUAGUUGGUUACUCGUUAAGGGGUGAUGUAGACCCCUUUAUCAGCGUCUAAGAAUUAGGUUUUUCGACUACGUUGUGGAGAGAGUACUCGAGAACCUCGUAAAGUCAGAUCUUAUUAAUGAGCAUGUGUUGUUUUUUAAGA